ACUUGGCUGAUGUACCUAGUGUCGUCGGAUUUCUAAGAGAGUUUCCGUCGAAAACACACGGCGAACUCGGCGACUCGGAGUCUCAUCGAGCAAUCUGUAGUGCAAAUACUUACUCGGUACUAUAUAAUCGCCCUUUUCUAUGCCUGCUGGAGCGACUGGGAGACUACGGAUCCAGACCUCCCGCCUCCUACUCCACUUCAAUCAAGCUAACAAGUUAUGCACCAUCGAAGGGACUACCUCAUCUUUAGGUCCAACACGAAGUACAGUGUAUCUUGUAACUUGAACAUUGGCAUUGAGCCGAUUCCUCAGCAGUACGCUACUAGUAGUACAUCUGAACAAGGAAACAAUCUGUUCCAGCCUCAUACGCAGCUGCCCACUCAGGGCCAGGGCCAAGACGAUGUCGUGCAGCAACUCACACCAUCUCCGCCCUACAACGAAUGUACCGCAGGAUCACAGGCUUUUCCGCUCCCAAGGUUCCCUCAGCCAGUCAAAGAUUGCAUCUACGACUACCUCCUCCUCGUCACAUCCCCUCCGUCAGACUUGGAGCUUACCAAAGAGGACUGGCACAUUGCAGCCCAGAUCGACGCUCGUAUGCGACGACUUGACGCCACUCUACCUGUGAAUGGUUCGCUUUUCGGCGGCGAUGUGGACGGUCAGGCUGGUGGAGCGGAAGGUCCCUCUACGUCUCCUUCUCCCAAGUCCUCUGCGACUGAUGCACCAGCCAUGCCGGAGGACACCGUUCCUUGCCGCUACAACGGAUGUACAGGGUACUUCGUGUCCUCGAGUCUGACGGACAUCAACUCCCACCUGCGGGAAUUCCAUUUCGACGGAUGCUCAUGGGACACAGACGAGAAGGUAUCCUGUCAGUGGGAACACUGCAAUCGGGGCAGACAGAUGCUGAGACGUACGCUAUCGAAGCACGUUCGCGACAUCCACCUCAGGGGGGAACGGGUGCCUUGCUCUAACUCCCCUCAUUGCAAGGCAACCUUUUCUCGUCGUGACGGCAUGACACGUCACGCAAAGAGCUGUCCUUACAGCGGUCGCAUCAGUGGUGCUAGUAUAUCUGAAAGUGACUGUAUGUAAUGCAACCUCUGUCAGACUCUCAUUCCCUCACGGCGUGUUUGCACCGGAAUCGUUGCGGUCGUUCACCGAUCUGUUUUUCUUGUGAUCCCAAAUUGUGUCUGUCAAAUAAGAGCACCUUUUGAACGU